UAAAUUGGGUCACGCGGUUCAGUAAAGCGGUUCCUUUUGUAGAAAGGUCUGUUAUGUUGUUUUGUUCAGUAUAGACGGUUUAGUUUUAAUAUGUGACCCACGCCUCAACCUGUCAUAUUACCUUAAACGUCACGUUUUAUUCAGUGAGUCUAAAGUUGCUUUAAAAAUUAGCUUUAAACUUAGCUAACGUUGCUAGCUAAAGUUGUGCACACCUGUGCUUGCUUUCACUGUCAAGGAUCUAACUCUGGUUAGCAGCCUGUCUUCUCCCGGCCAGGAUGUUCUUUAUUGCUUUGUUGUGGAGCCUGUCGCUCACUGCCGUGGGCCAGCAGGAGGACGAGUGGCUCGACCCUUACGAUAUGCUCAACUACGAUGCUAGCACCAAAACGAUGAGGAAGCCUACUGAGCCAGCAAGCUAUGACAACGUGGGCACUAAAAGAAGAGAGUACAAUCAGGACUCCAGCCAGACCGAGCUGACGUCCUGCAAAGAGCAAAUGGAGGACUUACAGAAACAGAAUGAAGAUCAAAAGAAGACGAUCAAGCUCAUCUCACAACAGCCAACAUGCAGUCCAGUGUUCAAGCGAUUUCUGAGCAGACUGUUGAAGGAAAUACAAAGAGUGGGUGUGCCCAGUGAUUCCACAGAUGUCUUUUAUGAUGCCAAAGUCAAACUGUCCAAACAAGCCAUGACAGAGAUCCAGACACUUCUGGAGGGUGAAGACAGAUGGAGAACAGGCGCCCUGGACAAUGCCAUUAGUCAGAUACUCGUGGACCUUAAACCGCAUGAUUAUGAGGCCUGGAAGUGGCGAUUUGAAGACACCUUUGGGGUGGAGCUGGACACAGUAUUAAAAAUCGGGUCAUUUAUCCUGAUUAUAGUAGCCAUUAUCAGCACCGAACUGUGGACAACGAUCUCCUGGUUUGUGCAGUUCCGACGACUGUUUGCCGUCUGCUUCUUCGUUAGUAUUAUCUGGAACUGGUUCUACCUGUACAAGAUUGCCUUUGCUGAGCAUCAAAAUAAUAUAGUGAAGAUGGAGGGCUUUAAUGCAAAAUGCACUGGGGUGAAGAAAAUUGACUGGAGUGACAGUUUGAAAGAGUGGUUUAGAAGCACCUGGACUCUUCAAGAUGACCCUUGUAAGAGAUACUAUGAAGUUCUUAUGGUUAAUCCCAUCCUGUUGGUACCUCCAACCAAGGCAAUCUCCGUUACCAUUACGACCUUCAUCACAGAGCCACUGAAGCACUUCGGACAGGGAAUCAGUGAAUUUCUUCGAGCGCUCCUCAAAGAUCUACCAGUUACCCUGCAGAUUCCAGUCCUGCUCACUAUCGUGAUCGCCGUUGUGGUGUUCAUGUAUGGAAGUGUGCAAGCAGCCUUCCAGCAUGGCAUCAUGGCACCUCUACGCCGCCCUCGAAGGGAUCCACCACCACCAGAGCUGGAACAACCGCAAGCGCAACCUCGCCUCAGGAUCAAGGACCGCGAUCAUUUUGCAGGAGGGGAUGCACCUCAACAGCAACAUGCCCUAAGGUACAGAGCUGAUGAAGCCAGAUUAAACAGGAAUGACUUGCAUCAGAGGAGACCCAACAGGCAGUGGGUCGAGACUCUAGGAACUGCUGAGGAUGAGCCGGAUGCUGAGCGGGCCAAGGAAGUUCCUGAGGCAGACCAGAAUCCGUCUGUUGAGCCAGAUUCAGAAAACCAGCAGGGAGCAGAAGAACGGCCACCAGCAGCAAAGGAUAACAGCGCUGGUGCAAACAAAGCCAAAUCGGAGCCAAAAGCUGCUCGGUCAGAUUCGUCUGAGUCGAAGAAUAAAACUUCAAAAGGGAAUGAGAACCUUUCUCAAGAUCAACCAGACAGAGAUGUUGCACUGCUCACACCUGAGCUCCCAGAAGUGCAGCCUGUUGAUGCGGUGACUAUUCACAUGCAACAUAAAUUGAUUGCUGUUGCUACCACACCACUGACGUUUGUUCAACAACAGUGGAUUUCAACCCUGCACCCGGAAGCCUCACUUGAAGACUCCUCACUGCCACGCUCUGAAAAUUUUAAAGCUCCCGUCCAGGAGACUAGUCCAGCGGUGGAUUAGAUGGUGCUCAGUCAUCUUUUGGUGGAAAUAAUUAAUACAUCUGACUGACAGAUGUACAGAUGGUGUUAAAGUGAAUUAACAGGAUGAUGGGAUUACCACCACGCAGUGUGGUUGUUUGCUGCUGUGCGGUCACCUGUAUGUGGCUAUCCAUGAGGGACAACUGCUUGGGAUAAUUGUGUUUUGCUGGUGAAUUCUGAUUUCCCACUGGCAAAACGUUUGGGAAAUCAUGCAGCACCAGGCUGGAACAGUGUUGUUUACUCAGUUUGGUGUUCCUGUGUGCUUUUUGGUGUCUUUGGAAUCGUUGUUAAAAUUGGAACUAUAUUUGGCGAGCUGUAUAAUAAGUCGGUGCUGCAAAUUAAAAAAGAUGUUUUGAAUUUUUAACUAGAGCCUGACUGAGGACACAUUUUUGGAACUGUUGGGGACUUUUAAGGAAUGAAAAGUUCUGAAUACGUAGAAAUAAAUACACUAUUACUAA